UUUAGUUUUACGAAAUUCAGGCCAGCGAGAGGUUCCAAGUGAAAUAUUUGCGGAUUUAAAAAAAAGAAUAAUUAAGAAUAAUGUCUUCAACGUUGAGGCAGAUUUUGGAAUACAUAACAAUUUCCCUAGUCUUCCUGGAGAUCCAUGCUGUACCCACAACACUACCACCUUUAAAAGAACAUCCCCUGCACUGCAAUGCCAGCCAUUGGCCGGGUGUGAAACGCCAAAUGGAGGACUACAUGGAUUUGCUGGAAAAACCCUGUGAAGAUUUUUGGGAUUAUGCCUGUGGCAAUUGGCGGGUGCCACAUCAGCUGAGGUUCAUGAAACCCACAGAUACCCUGACAGCGAUAAAGGCCCAAAAUAAAAAUCUACUCAUGCAGUAUUUCGAUGAAACAGAAAAACGGCAGGCAGAUCCUCACCACGAUACGGUGGAACAAAGUGUGGUGAAAUUUUAUAAAUCCUGUCUGGACAAGAGGAUUCUACGUUCCCGCACCCAAGAUGAGCUGGCCAUACGUUUGUACACCGAUGUCUUGGGAAAUUUCAGCUCCAGUUGGCCUGUGCUGCACAGCAAUUUUUCCUCUAGUCGGGUGGCGAAUAAUUUCAACUGGGAAUAUGUGGCCGGGCAGAUGAGGCGUUACGGCAGCCAGACUUUGAUAAGGACUUUGGUCCAACCCAAUUGGCAGAGUUCCCAACAAUUGAUUGUCUAUUUAAUGCCACCCUCUUUUGAGCUGCUCAAGGCCCGCCAGUCGGACAGCAGCUAUGAUGAGGAGUCGGUGUUCUUCUAUGAGCGUUACAUUAAAAUGCUCAUGAUGGACCUGGGGGUGAGGGUGAGAAAAUCAAAUUUAAUUGCCCGAGAAGUGGUGCAAUUUGAACAGUCCCUUCUGGCCUUGGUCAACAACAAGGAUGUCAUGAUUCUGAAGGAGCCUCAAAGUUUGGCAUCCCUGGCCAGAGAAUUGCCCCAGGUGGAUUUGAUGAAGUAUUUCAAAACUUUGCUGCAAGAUUUCCAACUGCCCCCCAACUUUGCCAGCAAAAUGCUGAUAGUGGCCGAUAAAAAUUACCUAAGGAGCCUGGUGCCACUGCUGGACAAAACCAAAAUCGAAACCAUUGCCAAAUAUUUUAUGGUCCAAUUUUUGGUGAAUUUCGAGGUUAAUCUCCACGACGAUGAGGGGUAUUUUAAGCAAAAGGAAGAAUGCCUGCGACAGGUCAAUGAUUUCAUGCCCUCGGAGUUGUCCAGGAUUUUCUUGAGGCUUCAGCAUGGCUAUGAUGAAGAGGAGUUUCUCACGGAAACCCAGCGGCAUUUGGAGGAGAUCUUCAGCAAACUGAAAGUACAGUUUGAAAAAAUGAUCAAUUCCACGGUGGUGUUUGAGCGGGAUGUUUAUUCGAAAAAUCUAAGCAUAGAAAAGAUACGCAACAUGCGUUUGCUGUUACCCAAAUUGGAGGGCAACUCCAGUAUUGGGUCAAAGUCCUUGGAAAUCACAGAAAAUUAUGAUUUAAAUUUAAUUGCCCUGAAGAAGUUUAAAAAUCAGCAACAACUACAACAGCUAAUACCCCAUAUGGUCAGCGAUGUAAUGGAAAUAAAAAUGGAUCCGGAGCUAUCCUUGUCCUCUUUGUAUUUCGAUCAGUCCUAUGGCCCAUUGGAUGUGAAUGCCUAUUAUCGCCUGAAGAAAAAUGCCAUUGAAUUGCCAAUUGGAAUUCUCACGGCACCGCUCUAUGAUCGCUGCCUGAAACCGGCCAAAAUCUAUGGCGGUUUUGUUUACAUCCUAGCCCAUGAAUUGUUGCAUGGCUUCGAUUAUGAUGGCAUGAAUUAUGGCAAAUAUGGCAACACCAAUAACGGCUGGGGUCCCAAGGCCAUUAUCAAAUUUGGAGUGCAAUCGAAUUGCUAUCUGGCCGAUCGUUAUGCCGAUGGCCAUUCGACGAUCAAUGAAAAUAUUGCCGACUCGGAGGGCCUGCGUUUGGCCUUGGAAACUUUGCUGGACUAUGAAAUGGAUCAGUCAUUCGAUCAAAAUGAUUUGAAAUUAUUUUUCCUAAGUUUCGCCCAGACAUGGUGUGGCACAGGAGGAGGCGGGAGCGGCGCCACAGGUGGGGAGGGUAGUUUCCGUAUACAUGCCAGUCAUCAGGAGCGGGUGAAUAAUGUGUUGGGGAAUUUUAUGGAAUUUGCCGAUGUCUAUAAAUGUGAGGAGAUGACGCCAUUGAAUCCGGAGAGUAAGUGCAGGAUUUGGUAGGGAAGGAAUAUUUUGCAAAUUAAAAAAAAUAAAUAAAAAAAUA